GGGGUGGUCUUCCGUCAGCUGGGGCUCCAGGGUUGUCUCUGCACUGGUUAGUUGUUUAACCGUGAACCAGCCAUUCAAUGUCUCAAACCUCAGUCCUGGGCAGUGAUGGUACCUACUUAGACUUCUUUAGAGAGCUGAAAGGGUGAUACGAGAUAGGGUUUGUGAAACUCUCAGUCAAGAGGAAGCCUUCUCUAAAUAGCUGCCCUGUGGAAUGAUGGUGGUGGUGAUGGUGGCCGUGGUCUCCAGGGUCUUUCCCACAUCUGUCAUCCCAAAAUUCAGUACCCAAGAAAAAUCUUGACCAUAUUUCUGUCCCCUCUAAAGAUUCCCCAAUAUUCCUGGGAAGCUGCACUUGGCCUUAGAUGCCUGUACUAUCUUGUGCCCUAAAUUUAUAGCAUCUUACCCGCAAGUCUGAGCUGGAACAAACCCCGGAAUGUUCUAGCAUGGGCCGAGAGAGGAAAUGUAACUUUCCCAAGUGACGCACCCAGUGACUAAAUGAAGACUAAAACCCAGAUACAUUGGUCAGACUUUUUCUAGAACACCAUGUGGCCUCACUGCCAGGGCUCCUGUCUCCAGGCGACUGGGAGCCACCCCACCAGUUUCUGGUGGUUUCCUUAGGCCAGAUGAUCUCUUUCUCUCCUAUACUCAGUCAUUUCUUCAUUCUGGGCUGCCUCUUCCUACUCUGGGAAAAAAGAUGGAUACAAGCUUAGCCCAUCCAACCCCCUUCUGACUUUGACCUUCACUGCCCCCCAACUUCCACCCCACCUUUCUAAUCGGCUGCCCGGAAGGGGUUUGGGGGAGCUCUUCUGCACAGAAGCUCUGAAGACCUACUCACAUCGCCAGUCUGCUGUGUGCUCUCCGACAGGAUGGGAGUGGUGAGCAGCAAAAAGCAGGUGAAAGAGAAGGAGAAGGGCGAGUGGAGCCCUGUGAAGGCCAGCACCCAGAGCAAAGAUCCCCCACCGCUGCCGCCCCUGGUCGUGUUUAACCACCUGCCUCCUGCACCUCCUGACACACACCCAGGCCAAGAGGAGCAUUUCGUGGUGGCCCUGUAUGACUACACGGCAGGGAACGACCGGGACCUGCAGAUGCUGAAGGGGGAGAAGCUGCAGAUCCUGAAGGAAGCUGGAGACUGGUGGCUGGCCAAGUCUCUCGUCACAGGAAGAGAAGGCUACGUGCCCAGCAACUUCGUGGCCCGAGUAGAGACUGUGGAAGUGGAAAAGUGGUUCUUUAGAUCAAUUAGCCGGAAAGAUGCCGAGAGGCAGCUGCUGGCCCCAGUCAAUAAGGUGGGCUCCUUUCUGAUUAGAGAGAGCGAAACCAGCAAAGGUACCCUCUCCCUGUCUGUGAAGGAUGUGACCGCCCAAGGGGAGGUGAUCAAACACUAUAAGAUCCGUUCCCUGGACGAAGGAGGCUACUAUAUCACCCCCCGCAUCACCUUCCCCACUCUCCAGGCGCUGGUGCAGCACUAUUCUAAGAAAGGGGAUGGUUUAUGCCAGAGGCUGACCCAACCCUCUGUGAGCCUGGCUCCUCAGAACCCCUGGGCCCAGGAUGAAUGGGAAAUCCCCCGGCAGUCUCUCAAGUUGGUCAGGAAACUCGGGUCUGGACAGUUUGGCGAAGUCUGGAUGGGUUAUUACAAAAACAACGUGAAAGUGGCCAUCAAGACCUUGAAGGAGGGAACCAUGUCUCCGGAGGCCUUCCUGGGCGAGGCCAACCUGAUGAAAACUCUGCAGCAUGAGAGGCUGGUCCGUCUCUACGCCGUGGUCACCAAGGAGCCCAUCUACAUUGUGACGGAGUACAUGGCCAGAGGAUGCUUGCUGGAUUUCUUGAAGACAGACGAAGGUAGCAAAUUGUCCCUCCCACGACUGAUCGACAUGUCGGCCCAGAUUGCCGAAGGAAUGGCGUAUAUCGAGCAAAUGAAUUCCAUCCACCGCGACCUGAGGGCGGCCAACAUCCUGGUUUCUGAGACCUUGUGCUGCAAAAUCGCUGACUUCGGCUUGGCCCGGAUCAUCGACAAUGAAUACACUGCCCAGGAGGGGGCCAAGUUCCCCAUCAAGUGGACUGCCCCCGAGGCCAUCCAUUUUGGAGUGUUCACUAUCAAAGCAGAUGUGUGGUCAUUUGGAAUCCUGCUGAUGGAAAUCGUCACUUAUGGGCGUGUCCCCUACCCAGGAAUGAGCAACCCCGAGGUCGUGCGCAGCCUGGAGCGCGGCUACCGCAUGCCGCGGCCCGACUCGUGCCCGCCGGAGCUGUACCGCGGCGUCAUCGCCGAGUGCUGGCGCAGUCGGCCCGAGGAGCGGCCCACCUUCGACUUCCUGCAGUCGGUGCUGGGGGACUUCUACACGGCCACCGAGCGGCAGUACGAGCCGCAGCCCUAGGGCCCCUCGGGGACGCGCUCCGUCGCCCGGGGCUCAGCCGGCCAAGCCUCGCGGCCGGGGACGGCUCACUCCUGUGGCCCGACCUUAGAACCCACGAGGGAUGUCCACCUCGCGGGUGUUGUUCCAGGCAGGGAGGGACAGGGACGCCCAUUUCUCAGAUGAGAAAACUAGAGAUAGAGGCAGCCUGGCCGGUUGGUCACAGCACGGACCCCAGAGCGGAUUCAAUCGCAGUCCCACUCUUCUCUGCUGUGUACCCUUGGGCAAGUUACUUCGCCUCUCUGUGCCUCCGCUUCCUCAUCUGUACGACAGGGAGGAGCCAUCACAGUACUUACCUCGGAUGUUUUUCAUGAAGAUUACAUUAGUUAACCCGCGUAAGAUGUUCAGAGUGUUCCAAAUAAGAGACACUCUUAAGUGUUUGUCAUCAUAUAAGGCUUCCCUAUGCUGGCGCCAAAAGCGAGAGGUCGGCCGCAGGGGCCCGGGGUCCCGCGGCUCCCACCUGCGCGGGCCGCGUCCCCCGAGGCGGGCCCGGGUCCCCCGAGACGGCCGCGCAGAGACGCUCUGGGCGGGGCCCAGACCUAGACUGCGCUCCAGCACUUUGGGACUCUUCCGUAAUAAAGUCACGAGAUCUGA